AUGUCAUCUACUAGUGAUUUCGAAUAUCCUUGGGAAAUUAAAAGUGAGGUAGAACGACUUCAAAAACAAUAUGCUUGGGUUCAACGAUGUAUUGAUAACAAGAUUAUCUUCGUACCUGUGCCAUUAGACCAAGAAGGACUCAGAGUACUUGACGUUGGAUGUGCUGAUGGAACCCUACUACGUGACUUGAAGAAGCAGGUAUCUCCAUCUGCCCGGCUAGUUGGAGUAGAUGUUGUUGAGGCAUUUCUUCCACCUUCUGAAGGAGGAUUAAGAUACGAAACUUAUGAUCUUUGUGAACCACCACGCCAAGAGUUCACUGGAGUCUUCGAUGUCACACAUGUCAGAUUUGUCAUUCCUGGUGCUGCCAAGGUGGGAUAUCAGAGGGCAGUUGAACACCUCGCCUCCACACUUAAGCCAGGAGGAUGGCUACAAGUUCAUGAAAUGGACUUCGAUCUGCAAGAUAGACCAAAUAUUAGUCCAGCCUUGAAGGAAGUCUGCGCUCUGUUUUUGGGCGUGUUCAAAGCUAUGGGAAUGGUGUCUGACCUUGCCCACAAACUCCCAACAGCCUUUGAGGCCGCAGGACUUAAUCGCGUCACUGCAGAAACAGUUGAGCUGCCAAUGGGUAAGCUUUUGGGUGAUGAUGAGGCUGCCGAAAUGUCGCUUCAGCCUUUUCUUCUUACUAUCCCUAGUUUGAUACAGGGUGCAAAGGGUCUGAGUGCUGACGUUCCCGAAUCUGUGUUUGAUGGUUUAGCGGCCAGGUUUGAGAAGGAAGUCAGGGAGCAAGGCGCAGUUUUCUUCACCAAGGUUAUCACCGGACAGAAACCGGCAUAG